ACUCUAUCUCUCUUCGCAAUCUCCUCUAAUCCCGACGUCGUCACGGCGACAGAAGAAACUCAUGUCCGCCAAAGCUUCGAACGCAGCGACAAUGGCGAAAUUCACACGGCAACGGCGACAAGCGAAAGUCUCGAUCUGCUUUUCCAUUUGGUCUGAGAAGUGCCGGAAGGAAGAAGCAGGCUGCUGGUGGUGGCUUUGAGUUUCGGUGACAGUGACAAUACUUCACAAUAAUAAUGCAAGCGGCAGAAUCGGUUUGGUAUUAAAGAAGCUUGCUGCUAUUCGCAAAUCCAUUGGUUAGAAUUAGGGGG